CCAUCCAUCCACCCACCAUCCACUCAUCCAUCCACCCACCCACCCACCAUCCAUUCAUCCAUCCAUCCAUCCACCCAUCCACCAUCCAUUCAUCCAUCCACCCACCCACCAUCCACUCAUCCAUCCAUCCACCCACCCACCUACCAUCCAUUCAUCCAUCCACCAACCCACCCACCUACCAUCCAUUCAUCCAUCCAUCCACCCACCCACCAUCCACUCAUCCAUCCAUCCAUCCACCCAUCCACCAUCCAUUCAUCCAUCCACCCACCCACCCACCUACCAUCCAUUCAUCCAUCCACCAACCCACCCACCAUCCACUCAUCCAUCCAUCCAUCCACCCAUCCACCAUCCAUUCAUCCAUCCACCCACCCACCCACCUACCAUCCAUUCAUCCAUCCACCAACCCACCCACCAUCCACUCAUCCACCCACCCACCAUCCACUCAUCCAUCCAUCCAUCCACCCCCCCACCAUCCACUCAUCCAUCCAUCCAUCCACCCACCCACCAUCCACGCAUCCAUCCACCCACCCACCCACCAUCCACUCAUCCAUCCAUCCACCCACCCACAUCCACCCACUCAUCCAUCCACCCACCCAUCUAGCCAACCAUACACCCAUCCAUCCAUCCACCCACACAUCUACCCAUCCACUCAUC